AUGUCCGUCGUAUCACAGUUAGUAGCAUUAGUAACUGGUGGCGCUUCUGGUCUAGGUCGAGCCACCGCUCAGCGUUUGGUUAGGCAAGGAGCCAGAGUGGUCAUUAUGGAUUUGCCGAACAGCCAUGGUGCAGCUACCGCUGAAGAAAUUGGUAGCAAUUGCUGCUUUGCUCCCACUGAUGUAACUAAGGAAAAGGACGUGAUGAAUGCAAUCCAAUUAGCUCGAGAGAAAUUCGAUCGAAUUCGUCUUGUGGUCAAUUGUGCCGGUAUUGCACUUGCUCGAAAAACUGUCAAUAAAGAUGGCCCACAUACAUUAGAAGACUUUAAUAAAGUGAUGAUGGUAAACACUGUGGGAACCUUCAAUGUUAUACGACUAUGUGCUGAUGAUAUGGUCAAAGACGAAUUACCUCCGGGAGCUGGCAGUAAUCCUGAUGAACGUGGCCUUAUCAUUAACGUAGCUAGCGUUCUCGGACUUGAUGGCCAACCGGGUAUGGCAGCUUACUCGGCUUCAAAAGCUGCAGUAGCAAGUAUGACAUUACCUAUUGCAAGAGAUUUGUCGCGCAAUGGUAUACGUGUAUGUACUAUUGCUCCUGGUGCUUUUCUUACUCCAAUGCUAACAAACAACACGCCUAAAGAAAUCUUAGAUUGGUACACCAAGUUGAUUCCUUAUCCAAAACGAUUUGGAGACCCUGACGAAUUUGCUCAACUUGUCGAAGCAGUCGUCGAAAAUCCUAUGCUGAAUGGCUCUGUUGUUCGACUAGAUGGUGCACUACGAGUAACAUAG